AUAACACGGCAGAUAAAUCAAACAAUUUGUGAGGGUAACCAUUGAACAGUCACAUUUGUGCUAUGCCGACAUUUAAACUCGUCUUUCCUUCCAACAGAGCGAAGGAUGGUUGGGAAACUACCAGAUGGAACGUAAAACAACCAAAGGAAUCCAUAACUUACGACAUGCUUGUGACCCGACUUAGGCAGAUUAUCGAUACCCCUACCUCCGGAUACGCUGUAACCUGGAGUGAUGGCGAGGAUGUUUGUAGCAUCCGCAGUACAGAAGAGUUACAAGACGCGAUCGAUUUUUUUGAAGAAAAUCAAGCGAAUGAUAAGUGUAUUCGUCUCAUGGCAGAGCCAGUUGAUAAAAUUGACCUAUUCACCGCAAUGCAACUUUACUCACAACUCAACAGUUCUGAUGCGGCUGAAGAAAGCGUAAUGGAUGUCAACGAGAAUACUGAGGUUGCGAAAAAUAAUCUUGACACGGAUGGUGAUGUUGAGAAUAACUGUAUCUCUGCCGUCAGCUCUACCGUCAGCUCUGCCGUAGAAACGAAUAAUGAGCGACACUUUACAUCCACACAUCCAGUAUUGUCGAUUCAAACAAAUGCUUCAGUGAACAUCAAACCUGAGCCUUUAUUCGACGAUACAAAGGAAAGAGCUGCAGCCUUUAGGUUAAAAGCUAGCCGAGGAUUGUUUCCAGUUGUAAGGGAAUCAAGAAGUAAGCGUAUCAGUCCAGCAGAGGUCAAGGUCAAAGAUGCAGCUCCUGAUAAUGUGGUAACUACUGUUGAGCAAACAAACGGGGAGUGUGCUAAAGAUGACCUCCCAAAUACUCAACAGCCGGUCGACAAGGAUGUUGAGAGGGAGGCGCAAAUUCAACCUGAUUAUUUCGAGACAGAAGCAUUAAGUCGGACCUGGACUAUACCAGAAAAUACGUUUGAUUUAUCUAGACAAUUAUACAUGAUGGGAUUUCGUUUUGAUGAGAAAACAUUCAAACGUAUCAUACGUGAGUGCAGUGGUGAUGUCAACCUUAUUAUUGACAAACUGUCAAACUUGACGGCGGAGUGAGGUUAUUUUGUUUAGAAGAAAAUGGCUGACCAAAGCACAGUUUAGAUGUAUGUCGCGCCUUGAUGUCAUAGACCUAACCUAAUGAACCGCUGUUUGUAACGAUGUUUGACACUGAAAACUUAAUGCCAAUUGAGUCAACAAGAACAUGUCGCAGCAGUAAGCCUUGCUGAUUGAUGUGUAUUUUGUUAACAAAUCUAUUGCUAUUGGAUGUAAUAUUUUUUCGCACAAUUACAUAUUCGAAUGUUAAAGGCAGACAUUUUCCAUCACAUUUCUCUAGCUGAACUUGUGCAGUUUCUUUUUGUUAUAUUCACGGAAUCUUCUGUGCAAAUAAUAAAUGUUUCGGCAAUUACCAA